UCUAUUUAGGUCUCAGCCUGAUAGAAAAGUUGAGGUUUAGCUCAUCGCUUCACUCCAACACACUGUGUUUCAGCAUCCACAACACCGACCACAAAGGGGAAUUAACAUACCCAAGAUGCUUGAAAAAGUACCAGAGAGGAAAUCUAAAAUCUCGGCCUCUCGAAAGCUCAUGCUAAAGAGCUUAAUGGUUGCCAAGGCCAAGGAGGAUCUGGAGCAGGAGUUGGUGGAAAAAGAGGAGCAAAAGGCAAAGUACCUGGAAGAGAAAUCUCCUCCAGUACAGACCAGUGGCUUGUCUCUGUCAGAACUGCAGGCAUUAUGUGAAGAGCUGCACGCCAAAAUAGAUGUAGUGGAUGAAGAGCGGUAUGACAUCGAAGCCAAGGUGUUGCACAACACCAGAGAGAUCAAAGACCUGAACAUCAAGGUCCAGGACUUGAGAGGAAAGUUUAAAAGGCCAAAUCUACGAAGGGUGAGGGUUUCUGCUGAUGCUAUCCUUCGAUCCCUUCUGGGUUCCAAACACAAAGUGUCUAUGGAUUUGCGAGCAAACCUCAAAUCUGUCAAGAAGGAGGAUGCAGAAAAGGAGAAGACGGUGGAGGUGAGUGACUGGAGGAAAAAUGUGGAGGCAAAGUCCGGCAUGGAAGGCCGCAAGAAGAUGUUUGAUGCAGCAAAGGGCCAAACCCAGUGAACAAGAUAUCUGUUCAGAUAGAGUGAUUUUUUUUACUACCUUAUAUUAAGACUUUCCUUUAAAAUCGCAUGAAGCCUAAACACAGGAAUUCUCACAUUUCAAAUGCUUCAACAAAAUGUUUUCAAGGAUCUUGUAUUCAAUUUUACUUUUAACAAUAGAACAAAUGACAAUAGAUUAGUAAUGGUGUCACUUUUUGCCUUUUAUUCGCUUUCGUCUCUUUUUACUUUAUUACUGUUAUAAUAUUUUAUUUAAACAAAGUUAAUAAAGCUAAUCAACAAGGUCACAGUAGUUAAACAGAAGUCAUAUUGUUGACAAUGUAACUGAUUUUCGGGGACUGUCCUCAAUGUUGAACAUCUGUGUAUGAGCUUUUGUAAUAACACACACACUGAGGGGAAUCUAAUGUAGUCCUUUUACUAAAACCAGGUAAUAAAAAUAAAAAUAAAAACACUGAUGUUGCAUUGCUGUUAAAUGAUCUGCAAGAGACAUUAGGCUUUUCAACAAUAAAAACCAUCCAGGGCCUUCAAAAA